AUGACGUCGGCUAGCAACGCUUACCACAAGGAUUUUCUGUUGGCCGUCAGGGACGGGAACAAGGACGAGCUGGAAAGACUUUUAGAGACCAAAGAUGGGAAAAUUAACAUAAACGUUUACGACACAGAGGGACAGACUGCUUUGCAUCAAAGCGUUUUGGACGGGAAUUUUGAACUGGUGAAACUUUUGGUCAAGUUCGGCGCAGACGUCAAAUUAGCGAACCGCGAUGCUGGUACGCCGCCAAACUCGGUACCGGACCAAACUAUGUUACCGAGCAAGCUUCGCGAUACCGAGCCAAUCCGCGGUACCGAGUCAAACUGCGGUACCGAGCCAGUACCGAGUGUACCCCCCUACCCCAUUCCGUACCAGUGUAACCCCCUGCCCCAUUCCGUACCAGUGUACCCCCCUACCCCAUCCCGUACCAGUGUGUCCCCCUAUCCAUUCCGUACCAGUGUAACCCCCUACCCCAUUCCGUACCAGUGUAACCCCCUACCCCAUUCCGUACCAGUGUGUCCCCCUAGUGCUAUCCCCCUACCCCAUUCCGUACCAGUGUGUCCCCCUACCCAUUCCGUACCAGUGUAUCCCCCUACCCCAUUCCGUACCAGUGUGUCCCCCUACCCAUUCCGUACCAGUGUGUCCCCCUACCCAUUCCGUACCAGUGUGUCCCCCUACCCAUUCCGUACCAGUGUAUCCCCCUACCCCAUUCCGUACCAGUGUGUCCCCCUACCCAUUCCGUACCAGUGUAACCCCCUACCCAUUCCGUACCAGUGUGUCCCCCUACCCAUUCCGUACCAGUGUAACCCCCUACCCCAUUCCGUACCAGUGUGUCCCCCUACCCAUUCCGUACCAGUGUACCCCCCUACCCAUUUUGUACCAGUGUGUCCCCCUAUCCAUUCCGUACCAGUGUAUCCCCCUACCCCAUUCCGUACCAGUCUAUCCCCCUAG